AAGCCGGACGAGGGGUGGUCCGCGAUGUUUUAAUUCAUUCCAGAACAUGGUAUACCCCCGGGCAGCUUGCCCCCUGCCAGCUCCACCAUGCCGUCCAGAUUCUCUAUAUAAGCUCGAAACUUCCCUCUCCUCUGGUCUGGUCAUCAGACUAUCACAUUCAUUCUUUACAAUUCACCUCUGUCAUUCUUUCCACCCCUUCAUUCUUUAAUUUUCUUACCUCUUCGUUUCUGCUUUCUACAACAUGAAGUACGGGUCACUUCUUGCGGCUGCUGCCGCAGCCUUUGCGAGCACCGUCAGCGCCGUCGGGGUCGUUGGCGCUGCCGAGGGUUUCGCCCACGGCGUGACGGGAGGAGGCAGCGCCUCUCCUGUCUACCCCACCACCACCGCUGAGCUGGUCUCCUACCUGGGUGACAGCGAGGCCCGCGUCAUCAUCCUGGACAGAACCUUCGACUUCACUGGUACCGAGGGUACCGAGACCACCAGUGGUUGCGCUCCCUGGGGAACUGCUUCCCAAUGCCAGCAGGCUAUCAACCUGCACAACUGGUGUGACAACUACGAGGCCAGCGCUCCCAAGGUGACUGUCACCUACGACAAGGCCGGUAUCCUCCCCAUCACCGUCAACUCCAACAAGAGUAUCGUUGGUGUGGGCUCCAAGGGUGUCAUCAAGGGUAAGGGUCUCCGCGUCGUGAGCGGUGCCAAGAACGUCAUCAUCCAGAACAUUGCCGUCACCGAUAUCAACCCCAAGUACGUCUGGGGUGGUGAUGCCAUCACCGUCGAUGACUCCGACUUGGUCUGGAUCGACCACGUCACCACUGCCCGCAUUGGCCGUCAGCACAUCGUCCUCGGAACUGACGCUGAUAACCGUGUCACCAUCUCUUACUCUCUCAUCGAUGGUCGCUCUGACUACUCUGCUACCUGCAACGGCCACCACUACUGGGGUGUCUACCUUGAUGGUAACAACGACAUGGUGACCAUGAAGGGCAACUACUUCUACUACCUCAGUGGCCGUAUGCCCAAGGUCCAGACCAACACUCUUCUCCACGCUGUCAACAACCUCUUCCACAACAUCGAGGGCCACGCAUUUGAGAUUGGCACUGGCGGCUACGUCCUCGCCGAGGGUAACGUCUUCCAGGAUGUCGACACCGUGGUCGAGGCCCCCAUGAGCGGCCAGCUCUUCAGCUCUCCCGACUCCACCACCAACGCUCAGUGCAAGUCCGUCUUUGGCCGCUCCUGCCAGCUCAACGCCUUCGGCAACUCUGGCUCGAUGUCCGGAUCCGACACCAGCAUCAUCAGCAGGUUCUCUGGCAAGACCAUUGCCACUGCUCACCCCCCUACCAACAUCGCCCAGUGGACCAUGAACAACGCCGGUCAGGGCAAAUAAGCGCACACUCUGAUCUCAGAGGGUGUCUGCGUAUGGUUCUGAGAACAGUGCUCACUUUUGUACAUAAGUAGCUGUUGUUCUCUGUCUCGUCGAUGCCAGUCAUCGAAAAUACUCCGGGGCACAAAUAUGCAAAUAUACUACAUUAGAGAACACUAUAUAUCUGACUCUAGAAGGC